AUGUCCGCCUCCCAUAUUGACACCUUACUUGACCUGUGGGCUGCUACACUUGCAAAACACGACAAUCAUCCGCCCUUUGCUAAUCACCAAGACUUAUAUCAGACAAUUGAUAGUAUUCCACUUGGAGAUGUGCCAUGGCAGAAUUUCGCAGUCAAAUUUUGUGGCAACAAACCGGAUGUCGACAUUCCACCAUGGAUGAAUGGCUCUUACAAUGUAUGGUUUCGAGAUCCACAUGAAGUUGUCUGCAACAUGCUCGCAAACCCAAUGUACGCAGAUGAAAUGGAUUAUCAGCCCUACCAUGAGUAUGCCUCAGCAACUGAUGAACACCAGUGGAAGGACUUCAUUGCAAUAUAUAUACUUAUACACUAUUGCAUACAGGACAAAAUUUCCAAAGAUCCUGACACAGUUGGGGCAACCUUUGUUCCCAUUAUUCUCGGCAGUGAUAAGACAACCAUCUCAGUUGGCACGGGCAACAAUAAAUAUUACCUGCUAUAUCUUUCUAUCGGCAAUGUUCGAAAUAAUGUCCAUCGUGCACACCGAGAUGCGAUUGCUGUCAUAAGAUUUCUCACCAUGCCAAAAACUGCACAAGUGCACACUGAGGAUCCGAAGUUCCAAAAGUGUUGUUGUCAGCUAUUUCACUCUUCCCUUUCAAAAAUUCUUCAGCCCCUCAAGCCUGGAAUGAUGAAACACAAAGUGGCUCAUUUUGGAGACGGUCACUUCCAUUGUGUUGUCUAUGGACUCGGACCCUAUAUCACUGAUUAUGAAGAACAGGUCCUGUUGGGAUGCAUCAUCAAACACUGGUGUGCAAGGUGUCUUGCAUCACGUCUUAACCUUGAUGAUGAUACCUUGGACCAUUGCCGCGAAUAUGUGGAUGCUCUGGUGGAGGAAGGUACUCUAUUGAGGAUCUGGGAUGAUUAUGGAAUUGUUGGUGACAUUGUGCCAUUUACCAACAAUUUCCCCCAUGCUGAUAUAAACCAACUCAUCGCCCCUGAUCUCCUUCACCAGCUAAUCAAGGGAGCUUUCAAGGACCACCUUGUAGAUUGGGUGGAGAAAUAUUUGUUACUGACCCAUGGAAAAUGUGAAGCUCAACAAAUCAUGGACGACAUUGACAGAAGAAUUGUGACUGUUGCAUCCUUCACAGGUUUACAACGUUUUCCUGAGGGACGAGGGUUCAAACAAUGGACCGGAGACGACUCAAAGGCACUUAUGAAGGUGUAUUUGCCUGCAAUUGAGGGCCACCUUCCACUGGACAUUGUAUGCGCCUUUUGCGCACUUUUAGACUUGUGCUCAUUGAUUACUGAGAGCAAGCAUAUCAAGGCUGUAAAGGAGCCUUGGAGACGCUCAAGUCACUUCAAUGCACUUGGUCAAAUGCUGCGGACCAACCAGCAGCUGGAUAAGCUUGCUGCUUUAUGUGUCGACUUCACCAGGCACAAUAUGGUGAGCGAACAACAACGUGCCAAAAUGAUUGCUGUGCUCGCAGUAGAAUUAAAUAUCGCACAUUUACCCAACCUCCUCAGACAGUUCCUUUUUGAACAGAAGCAUCCGAAUGACACUCGAGACGUCUCUGAAGUUUCAGAGUUCCACUUCCCUCAUUACGAUGGUGGAAUCUCUGUCUUCAACUCUGCUUCAUCAAGAUUUUAUUCGCUAGGUGAUCUCAGUGGCAUUGGGGGCAUGCACACGGAAUACAUUCAUGCAUGUCGUCAGUGGCGAAACAGACAUGCUUGCAAUGACUGCAUGUUCAUUAACAUGAAACCAGAGCUCGAGGGCAUGCAGGGAUUUGACAUUGCUCGUGUUCUGUGUUUUUUUUCCUUUACUUUUCAAGGAACGACUUACCCCUGCGCAGUUAUUCGGUGGUUUGACACUGUUGGCGACUCUCCUGAUGAGGACACUGGGAUGUGGAUUGUGCAGCCAGCCUAUUGUGCUAAUCACUCCCCGCAUAUGUCUAUUAUUCACAUUGAUUCGAUUUAUUGCACAGCACAUUUAAUUCCAGUCUAUGGUGCACAGUUUGUUUCUCAUGACCUCAAGUAUUACCAGUCUUAUGAUAGUUUCCGAGCUUACUAUGUUAAUAAGUAUGCAGGUCAUCACACCUUUGAGAUUGCUUUUUAA